GAGCACGUUGGAAUCUCCCACAAAUAUUCCUUCUCUCCCCCUUGAUUUCUCUGCCUGGAAUUUAACUUGGGUCAUGAAAGACUCUUCCCCAUUCUUCCCUCACAGCGGACAACAUGUGUUUGACUGCAAUUUUGAAUUGCCUUGUGAGCUGGAAUAUUCUCCUCCACUGAAGGACAAAGAAAACCACAACAGGACCUGGCACAGAGUGAGUGCAGAGGAGCUAAACUUUUUGGAUGGACCAAAGAGAGAUCACUCUGAGGAUUCACCAAGAGGUUCAUUCCUGUUCCUCAAUACAUCAGAAAGCAUGAGCCCCAUCAUCUUGAGCCCCUGGCUGAGGAGCAGUAGUGAGCAAUGCACUAUGCAGGUGUCUGUGUACAGGCAUCUCCAACAAAGCGGGGACUAUAUUGCUCGGCUUCUCCCUGCUGACGAAAGUAGCAGUGAAAUCCUGUUGGCCCCAAGUCAAGAGAAACAUGGAUGGGUGCUUCUGCAGAAGAGAGUUGGACACCUUAAGAAACCUUUUCGGAUCUCACUGGAAUAUGUUGCUAGUGGGAACAGGAGUGUAGCUGCCAUGGACUCCUUUGCAAUGAAGAACUGCAGUUCAGGAUCUUCUUCUGGCUCCAAAAUGGCCCUACAGGGUUCCUUCAACUGUUGGAAUGGAACAGUAAUCAAACUGGGGCAGGCAUGUGAUUUCAUCAGGGACUGCGCAGAGGGAGAGGACGAGGGAGAUAUGUGCAAAAAGCUCCCCCCUGGCUUUUACUGUUCGUUUGAAGAAGAGGACUGCGGCUGGACCCAGGGCUCUCCCGCCUCUCUCACUUCUCCAUGGCAGAUCGGAAACCUGGAAUAUAGCCACUUCCCUUCACUGGAAGGCUCUGCACUCUUGCUGAAUACCAGUAAGGUCCCAGUGGCAGAAACAACCAUCGUGACCAGCGCUGUGUUUCCAGCUCCAAUUAGGAAUUCUCCCUGUGAGCUCCGAAUGUCAUGGCUCAUCCACGGCUUCUUGUUUGGAAAUAUUUCCCUGGUCCUUGUCGAGAACAAAACGGGGAAGGAACAGAGCAGGACGUUCUGGCACUUCACUAACAGUGAAGGUUUGGGAGUCUGGCAGUGGAUGGUUUUAUCUCUUCCUGACGUGUCAGACAGGUUUUGGCUUCAGAUCAUCACUUCAUGGGAGGAAGAAUCCGAUGCCAUUAUUGCUUUUGACAAUGUGUCUCUUAGCCUGGACUGUUAUCUAACAAUCAAUGGAGAGAAGACAUCUCGAGAUGCAGCUCCGGAUUCGAGCAAUCUGUUCAUCAAAGGAGACAGCCAGAAAAGGAUCAGAUUGGAACAAAAGAUUCUGGAGAGCCUCCAACUCAGCACUGUUCCCAUCUCUGGUCCUGCAGAUCAGUGGUUGUUCACCACAUGUGGUGCCAGUGGACCGCAGGGACCCACUCAGACCCAGUGCAACGACGCCUAUAGGAACUCCAAUCUCAGUGUUAUAGUGGGGGCUGAAGGAAUUCUUCAAGGUGUGCAGAUCUGGAGAGUACCAGCAACCAAUACUUACAGCAUCUCAGGCUAUGGAGCAGCUGGUGGGAAAGGAGGGAAGAAUACUAUGGUGAGGUCCCAUGGUGUGUCCAUAUUGGGGAUUUUUGACCUCCAAAAGGAUGAUGCCUUAUACAUCUUGGUGGGCCAGCAAGGAGAAGAUGCCUGCCCUAGUACUAACCAUGUUAUACAGAAAGUAUGCAUUGGAGAGAAUAACGUGAUUGAAGAGGAGAUUCGAGUGAACAGGAGUGUCCAUGAAUGGGCAGGAGGAGGUGGUGGAGGGGGAGGAGCAACGUAUAUAUUUAAGAUGGAGAAUGGAGAACCAGUCCCCUUGAUAAUUGCAGCAGGAGGUGGUGGCAGGGCCUACAGGGCCAAAACAGAUACUUUUCAUCCAGAAAGGCUGGAGAAUGAUUCAUCUGUUCCAGGGCUGAAUGGAAAUUCAGGAGCUGCAGGUGGUGGAGGUGGCUGGAAUGAUAACACUUCCUUCCUGUGGUCAGGAAAGUCCUUGCUGGAAGGUGGCAAUGCUGCAGCGGACAAUGACCCAGAGAUGGAUGGGGAGGAUGGUGUGUCCUUUAUUAGUCCACUGGGUACUUUAUACACCCCCGCACUGAAAGUGACAGAGGGGCACGGAGAGGUGGCUAUUAAGCUGCACCUCAACUGCAGCCACUGUGAGCUUGAUGAGUGCCGUGUUGAUCUGGAGACUCAAAAAGUCAUUUGCUUCUGUGAGCCUGGGACAGACCUGGCUGAUGAUGGUGUCUCUUGUGUAGCUGAUCCCGUGGCUCAUCUCCCCCUCUCCUUGGUCUUGUCUGUAGUGACGUCAGCACUGGUGGCUGCUCUCAUUCUGGCUUUUUCCGGGAUCAUGAUAGUGUAUCGCCGGAAACACCAGGAGCUGCAAGCCAUGCAGUUGGAAUUACAGAGCCCCGAGUACAAACUGAGCAGACUGCGCACCUCCACUAUUAUGACGGACUACAAUCCCAACUACUGCUUUGCAGGAAAGACCACCUCCAUCAGUGAUCUCAAAGAGGUGCCUCGGAAAAAUAUCUCCCUCAUAAGGGGUUUGGGCCAUGGAGCCUUUGGCGAAGUAUAUGAAGGUCAGGUGGUGGGGAUCCCCAGUGACCCCAGUCCCUUGCAGGUGGCUGUGAAGACAUUGCCAGAGAUGUGUUCAGAGCAAGAUGAGCUGGAUUUCCUUAUGGAAGCUCUUAUUAUCAGCAAGUUCAACCACCAGAACAUCGUGCGCUGUAUUGGGGUCAGCUUGCAGGCGCUGCCACGCUUCAUCCUGCUGGAGCUUAUGGCUGGAGGGGACCUGAAAUCCUUCCUGAGGGAGACACGGCCUCGACCGAGCCAGCCCUCUUCCCUUUGCAUGCUGGACUUGCUACAUGUGGCUCGCGACAUUGCAUGUGGCUGUCAGUAUUUGGAAGAAAACCACUUCAUUCACAGGGACAUUGCUGCCAGGAACUGUCUCCUUACUUGUCAAGGGCCUGGAAGAGUAGCUAAAAUUGGAGAUUUUGGAAUGGCCCGGGACAUAUACAGGGCCAGCUAUUAUCGAAAGGGCGGGUGUGCCAUGCUGCCAGUCAAAUGGAUGCCACCUGAGGCCUUUAUGGAAGGAAUAUUUACAUCAAAAACUGAUACAUGGUCCUUUGGUGUGUUGCUGUGGGAGAUAUUCUCUCUUGGAUAUAUGCCUUAUCCUAGCAAAAGUAACCAGGAGGUUCUGGAGUUCGUAACAAAUGGAGGAAGGAUGGAUCCACCCAAAAACUGCCCUGGCCCUGUGUAUCGUAUAAUGACCCAGUGCUGGCAGCACCAGCCUGAAGACAGGCCAAACUUUGCCAUAAUACUGGAGAGGAUUGAAUACUGCACCCAGGAUCCUGAUGUCAUCACCACCGCUUUACCUGUGGAAUAUGGCCCAUCCAUUGAGGAGGAGGAGAAGGUUCCAAUGCGCCCAGAAGACCCCAAAGCAAUCCCUCCUCUGGUGAUCUCCCCACACCAAAAGAGAGAGGGUGACAAGCAGGCCCUGCCUUCUCCACCCCCUCUGCCUUCAGCCGUCACAGCUGGAAAACCUUUGGCAAAAGUGGCAGCCCCCGAGCCUCUGGUCCCUGUUAAUAUGCGACCAGCCCUCGAAGCGGGACACAUCAACAUGGCCUAUGCGCAGUCCACCCCGGCUUCUGACCUUCAGAAAGGCAGGGGGUCCAGAAAUAAGCCCACCAAUCUCUGGAAUCCAACAUAUGGCUCCUGGUUUGCAGAGAAGCCUGUCAUCAAAAACAAUUCUCUGCUGGAGAAAGAGGUGUCCGAGAGGGAGAAUUUGGGGCACGAAGGAAACUGUACUGUGGGGCCUGGUGUCGUGACUAGCAGGCUGCCAGGCUCCUCUCUGCUCUUAGAACCGUCUUCACUAACAGCCAGUGUGAAAGAAGUGCCUCUCUUUAGGCUCCGCCACUUCCCCUGUGGGAACGUCAACUAUGGAUACCAACAGCAGGGCUUACCCCUGGAAACCUCUGCCCCACCUUGCGCUAGCAAUUAUGAGGACUCUGUCCUUAGAAACAAGAGCCACGUAGUCCAUCAGGGGCCUUGAGAGCCCUCUGCACUCUUGACUCUCAUUCUGUGUGGCUCUUGAGCUUGGAGAGUAUUGUCCUUGUCAUCCAAGAGAGAGCAGACAACGCUAACUUUCAUUAUGUGCCAACUAGCUCUGAAGUGCCACCCUUUGAAGCCGUGUUUUCAGAUAACCCAAGAAGCUUCAACUCAUUGGAGCCUCUGCUACUACUACUACGAGAAAGGGGGGAUAUUAACGUUAACUGCAAGGCCCAGCUUUCGGUUGCAUAAACGUAUAUGCAUGGUCAUUGUCGUGUCGUGCCCUUCCCUGUGUGCUUCUUCUCAAUUGUGUAUGCUCCGCUUAAAUGUAAGGUCAGGUUUCACUGCCUGAGUAUUUCAUGUUUGGGGUUUUCCUUGCCAAGCUGCUGGUUGCUGUGGAAUGGGACUCUUAAAAUCCCCUAUGGAUGGCAGAGGUUUGAGGUGGCUUGGGAAAGAACCAUUUAUUCAAAACAAAAAGGAUAAAACAUCUUUGAAUGAAGACACCAGGGAACAUUCCCAAGCUGCAUUACUGCAGUAACAUAGUCUGCACCAGCCCUUGAAUAUGCAGUAAUUACGGUAUCAUUGGCAAGGCAAUGGAAAGAUGCCAGUCACACUGUCUGGUUUGUGAGUAAGAUGGGAAGAUAACUAACUGUAGAGGAAGAGAAUGAAGUGCAAAAGGAGGAGGAUUUAUAUUUUUUUCAGACCCAAAGCCAAGGACAGUACUGGCCCCUUAAAAUUCUUUCUAUGCUACAGAAAGGAAACACCGGGUUCUACAGGAACUUCUUGUUAUUCAGUGGAAUUCAGAUGGAAUUUUACAGGGCCAGUUUUGUGUGAGAGAGACGUUAAAAAGGCCUUUACAGGGAGAAGUCACCAGUAGAUGGAAAUACAAAGGUCUGAAAUGCCCUUUACUAACAACUCCAACCAGAAGGCUUGACUUUGUACCCUCAUCUGAUUCUAGGCAGUGUCUGCAUUUCAAGGGUUCAUUACCCUCGUUCCUUUAACAGAAUUCUUGUAUGCUAGUCUGUUAAAAAACCAAAGCUGCACUGCUGCAUUCGGUACACCUUGUGCAUGAAACGUGUGUUGUUACAAUAUACACAUAAGAGUUGAAUUCAGAUGUACAUUAAUCAUUUACAAUAUACUCCGCUGGGGCUGCUGAAGCAGCAGUGCUGUCUAAAAUACACGGUGCCUAUUUCCAUAGAAAUAGGUCUAUCGGAGCAGCAGCAAAGGAAUAUAGAAGAGAUGGGGCUGGAUCCAAGACCUUUAACGUUGGGGGAGUGGUUCAGCAUCCAGUCCUGGAUCCAAACUUUGCAGUAAAAUCUCUAACGAAAGAAACCAGAGCCCCAUAUCAAAACACCCCAGGCUUUGGGGUGUCAGAGAAAGAUCCAAAUCUGACAACUAUGACCUGAGACCCCCAUCUUUAAAGUGAAGUUCUUGUCCCUGCUCUGCCUUCCCCCACCCCUCUGGUAAAUAAUGCUGACGUCUUAGUAGCGUAAUGUUGAAAUUGUGCAUCAAACUUUUUUUUUUUAAUGAGGCUUAUGUUAGCAGGUCUGAAUUGUGAACUGUAAUGAUUCUGUGGGUGCUUUGGACUUCACUCAUCUGCUACUGGUAUGUCGCAUGUCAUGGCUGCAUGGAUUUCAUGUAGUGGGGACCAGAACUCAGGACCGUCUGUGGCAAAUACAGAGGCCUCUUCCACUUGAGCUAAAAGGAUAUUGAGGUGUCUAAUCCUCUCGGUGGACCAGCCACUAGAGGAGUGACUUGCUUCCAGACACUGGAUCAGGGCUGCCAUUCCAUCUAGCUUAGCACUGUUGCAUUCACACUACUCUUGCUACUACAAGAAGUGAAGAACUCUUCUACGGUCUCAGGAAAGACAACGUGUUCCAUGGGAGAACAAGGACUGAGCUUUACUGUGUACCAUCAAGGCUGUUUGCACUGCAAUAUUAUCCAUGUGGAACUGAAAUUUUCUUUAGACAUUUCAGCUUUCUUUUCCUUUUUAAAAAAGGGUCCAAAUGAAUUUUUUUCAAGCAGACCCCAAGGGAAAGCUUUUUGCUUUCUCUCACUCCUUUCAAGGCAAGAAACCGCUCUGAGUUUUUACUGCUCUACUAGCAUGUAUAGCUGAGGGCAGAACCUAGUCAUAUGGUCUUAAAGGAGCUAAAACCAUUGCUACCAUUUACAGCUGGCCCACAUGAACAGCAUGUUUUGGUCAGUGAAAAAUGGGGAACUGUAAUUCAGAUUUGCUGACAAUAUUUUCUUCUCCCAUACUUGGUGAGACUAGCGUAGGAUGAGAUCUUCAAAGAGGCACAAACCUCAGAUAGUUCUAAUGAAAUCUUCCUUUUGAUAGUCUCUGUGCAAAGUGCUUUGGACUAGGACAGUGGUGUUCAGCGUGCCGCUGGGCUUAGGAUCUGUUGAAUCAAGACUAGGUUUAGAGCUGAGGUUGAAUGCUGUGGAGCAAGAUUUUUAGCAUGAGAUUUUGGCCCAAAUGUCAGAACUCUGAGUUGGCAUUUCUCAUGAGGUUUCCAUCAUCUUGCAUAAUCAGUUUCAGACACAGCCACAACAUGACCAGCAAUGAGCUGCUUUUGUAGUUUUGGAGCCAGUGCAGACAUGGCCCCACAGAGGUAGGUCUGAAUUCAGCUACUGACAUACGUCUCCUGGUAUUGAGGCAUUCAGAACAUGUAGUUGUGACUUAUUUCUAAUACAAAAUGUGACCCAGCUCAUCACACACCCACCCUCCCCCCCUUCUUGUGCAGUUCAGUAUACUGCAUGGGCCGAUGCCUGUCACCAGUGACAGUGACCUCCAGCUUAGCACUGUGUGGAUCAUAUUCUGCCCUGUGCUACACGUAUACACCCACUCCCCCCUCAGAGUUGCAUUCAUGCUUUUAAACUCAUUGCUUAAUUGUAAGCCUCUCCGUAGUCUCGCUGACAAUGUGUUUGCAGGAUCAGGGCUUUAAUCCCUGCACACUAACCCCAGUAGUGUGGUAAUGAAAGGAAACUUCUCCUUGCUGCCGCCUGUUUGCUCUGUGGGUAAAAUAGCAUUUCACACUCCCAGUAUUGCACAGUGCCUGUUCGCUUGAAAUUUUUAUUGAUAAUAGUCUUGUCUAAAGGGGUUGCAAUAGGGUGUGGUAAUAGCUCUGCUUCACUUGGAUUGUCACUGCUCUGCUUUGUGAAAUGAUCUGCAGCAAUCAGUUCAGACAAGGAAUUAAAAAUGCAAUGGCUCAAGACAUGCAUAACGAGUUCUUUCCUAGCAGGUGGGAAGGGCAACUUCACAGCAGCCGGGUUUGUUACCUUUGUCACCACAUAGAACUACAAGGGAGGAGGGAUGAAGUUAGAACACAUGAAUGGGAUGAAAAACAGCUCAGUGUCUGCAUGGUCAUGCACUGAUUGAUGGAUAUUUCAGGUUGUUUUUUUUAAAAGUCUUUUAUUUUAGCUAUUCCCCCUCCCGCCCACCCAAAGUCUCCCUUGGAGGCUCUGACACUAUUCAGUGUUCAUAAGCCUAAUGCUGUAGGAUCCGCAUAAUGCCGCAGUCUUUUCACUGGUUACUCCAGCUGUAUACCAAAAGCAGACUUGUCCCACGAACAUGUGUGUGGGAGGGGAGGUUUGUAUGUAGAGGGGGAAAUUGAGGGCUUGCUUCAGGCAGGCUCUGUUUUAAAUGCCUGAUCAUGUGAGCUCACAUGAUUGGAGCACUUUGACAUGUCAUGUCUCCCAGGAGUCCCAUCUAAAACACUAGAAGCUAUUUUACACUUGUAACAAACUUUUGUCCAGAACCAAUAUUUUAAAAGUAAGCAUGUCUUGGAGUAACAGUUAUAUAAAAUGUUCAUGUACAUAGUUUAUAGUAGAAUCACAAGGCCCACAUGGGGGGGAAUACUAUCUCAUUGUAAAUGUCUUCAUUUGGCUAUCAUAUGUAGCUACCUUUAUGCUAUAGUGAAAUGUGGGUAGCACGACAGCCUAUAAGACACGUAGUGUGAUGGAAAAAUAACUACAGAAUAGCUGUAGGACAUUUAACAAACUGGUUAAAGCCCAUGUGGACUAGAGCUAGGCAGUAGUUGUUUCUUGUAGAAUUUCAGUAGGUUCUAGGUGGGUGCCCCCACCUAUGUACCUCAUCAGAGUUGUACAUUCAGGCAGCUAUAAGAUGAAUUACAACAGGGAAAGGAAGGGGUAUGGCAGUGUGAGAGGGGGACAUGGGCCAGGAAGUACAGGGCAAUGGCCUCCAUCUGCGUUUAGGUUGCUCCAUGUCAUGCUGGGACUGGCAGGGAGCUCAUGGGCAAGUUUACUUGAGGCCCCACAGUUUGUUUCAGGUAGCUGACUUGAGUUGAAAAAUGGUGAUGGCUUCAGCCUCUAAUGAACCAGUCAAGUGGCGCAUCCAACUGUAGCACCACCCGCUUCCCUUUCUGCGUCUGGGCAAAGGUGGUGCGUUGGCACAGAAGUCUCUGUGGUCUCAUUUCUACAAUGCAUGACAGGAUUAGUCUAUUGUCUCUUAAGAAGAGUUUGAUUUUUGCAAGCCUGGCCUAAAGCUGACACCAUCAGCUUAGUGUAAAAAAAAAACUUGAAAAACGAGUAGUAUAAAAAUCCUUUACAGGGAUAAAAGACCUCACAUGUUGCCUACCCCAUAUUCCUCAAAGGAGAGUAUCUGCAUCCAGCUUUUCUGGUCUGUAACACUGCUUCAUUAGAAUGUCUAUCACAGGUACAGCAGCUUAUGCAACACUAUGUAUAAAGGAAGGGCCUAUGCACUUCAGGGAUAUUAAAAGACAUACUAAUAUAUGGUCAUUGAGUAUUUUGUAUUGAAUAGUGUAUUUGUAUUGUAAACAAGUGUAGUGAACCAAACGGCAUGAAGAUAAAUAAAAUGACAAACUAA